AUGUAUGCAAAAUGUGGGGAGCUCCGUGAUGUCUAUGAAAUUUUCUCACGGAUGACUUCACGCGACGAGAUCUCUUGGAAUUCUAUGAUUAUGGGGUUCGCUCAUCAUGGUCUGGUCAGUGAAGCCUUACAGGUUUUCGAAGCCAUGGCGGAAUCAAGAACACGCCCCAACGCCCUCACCUUUUUGGCUGUCCUAUCGGCAUGUAGUCAUGCCAGCUUGCUUGACAAAGGGUUGGAGUUAUUCACUCUGAUGACUGAAGUUCAUGGAAUCCAACCAGGUUUGGAACAUUGCAUCUCCAUCGUCAACAUACUUGGCCGAGCAGGAAAACUUGAAGAAGCAGAGAAUUUUAUCUCAGGACUACCAUUCCAUAGACACCCUGCUAUCUUGGGAGAAAUGCUCAGUGUGUGCAGGCCAGACAAGACGAGUCUUGGAAUUGCCGAACGGUCAGGUAAGCUAGUCCUUGAAGCCGACCCAAUGAAUGCAGCUGCUCAUGUCCCACCUCUGCAACUUGUACGCAUCAAACGAUCACCACCUGAAGGAAUAUAA